AUGGAUGAUUCGGCCUUUUUCCUGGUUCCUUGGCGCGCUGGUCUUUUGGUCCUAGUGUUUUCGUGGGGGGCCUACUUUCUUAUCCAAAAGCGUCGUCAAAAUGAAAUCAACAAGCUCUUCGGUCAAAAGCAUGGCUGCCAGCCCAUCCUGAAAACACUACCGUACAAAUGGCCGUUGGCUAUCGACGUUUUCAAGAGCCAAUACGAAGCUCUGGUGAAUGGGAACCUGCUGGAUUUUCAAGCAGAGUAUUUCCAAAGGCACAAAAUUGGCCCAACCUUUCAAGUCAAAUUAUUAGGUCAGGUCGGCUACUUCACUACGGACCCCAGGAAUUUAGAGGCCAUGCUCCAGACGCAUUUUGAUGAUUGGGAACUUGGGAGCAGUCGGAAUGCGCUUUCACCUAUGAUUGGCCAUGGCAUAUUCACCCAGGAUGGCCCAGCCUGGAAGCAUUCGCGAGAGACUCUUCGUCGACAGUUCGUGCGAAUGCAGUAUCAAGACACAUCGGUUUUUGAAGGUCCCGUCGAUGACUUCUUGAAUAGUCUGCACUCUUCUACGGGUGUUGUCGAUCUUCAGCCCGCUUUCUUCCGCUUCACACUAGCUACCACCAUCUCCCUGAUUUUUGGGGAGCCUUCUACAAGCCUCAAACAAAGUGAUCACGAUGCUUUCGCCAGUACAUUUGACUAUACAUCAUUGAUUUCAGCGAUGCGCAUGAGACUGGCUGACUGGUGUUGGAUCUAUACACCCCCUGCAUACCUUCGAGCCUGUACCUUGGUCAAAAAUUAUGCUAGUCAUUACGUCACUUAUGCUCUGGCUGAUAAGAAGAAAAAUGGAGAAGAGGCUGCUACCCAACGCCACCCAUUUAUCCUUGAUCUUUUUAAAGAAUUACAGGAUCCCAAACUUGUUCGUGACCAACUUAUGAACGUAUUAAUAGCGGGGAGAGAUACUACCGCCUGUUUGAUGUCGUGGGCAUGUUAUCAAUUGGUUCGUCACCCAGCUGCGCUGGAGCGGCUUCGUGGAGAAGUGCUAUCUUUCACCAAAGACGGUGUCAAGGUGACAAGAGCCCAAAUCGCCAAGAUGAACUACCUCAAAUGUGUUCUGAAUGAGACAAAUCGAUUAUACAGCCAAAUCCCGGUAAACGUCCGAAUUGCUCGAAAUACCACUUAUUUGCCGAAGGGUGGUGGAACAGAUGGCGAAUCCCGUGUCCUCAUUCCAAAGGGGACUGGAGUUGGGUUCUCGGCCUAUCAUAUGCAUCGCGAUAAAGAAUUAUACGGCGAAGAUGCAAAUGAAUUCCGUCCAGAAAGGUGGGAAGGGCCCGAGUUAAAGAACAUUGGGUUUGCUUUCAUGCCUUUCCACGGUGGACCAAGGUUAUGCCUCGGGAAGGACUUUGCACUUACAGAGGCAUCAUAUGGAUUGGUCCGCCUCAUCCAGACAUUCCCAGGUCUCAGUAAAGCGCCAGAUACCCCAACAUUGACACCUGGAAAAGAAAAACAGAAUCUCACUAUUGUUGUUUCGAGUGCUGAAGGAUGUAAAGUUCUCUUACGUUGA